CAGGAUUGUGUAGGGAUCUGUCGGGCCGGACGUGUUGGUAUGCGGUCCUUAUUUUAGGCGUACCACUGUGGUGCCAGCGGAGAGCAAUGACGGUUCGAUUACAGUUUGGAAGCGUGGGCGGCCGAUUGGGUCGCUCUUGGACUCGGCAUACCUUCCGCAUCAGUGCCGCCCUCCUGCGGCUAGAUGCCUCUUUUCAGCAGAUUCCGCCCUCGACCGCGGCCCCUCGCUCCCCGUAUCUUGUGCGCUACACCGGUGGCCGUCCCUGUCCCUGUCAAUGCAAGUCGUCUGGGAGGCAGAUACUGCGGCCUUUGCCAGUCGCAAGAGAGCCGCGAGGGCCUGUUCCAAAUGUCGCGCCGCCAAAAAGCGCUGUCAUCAUACCUUCCAGCGGCCCCCAGAGCAGCAAGCAGAUUCUGCUGGGUUGGAUAGGGUCCUUCCAAAUCUGACCCAUAAAGAACCAAUCCGUUUCGUUGGCGACACCAACCCCGAGUCUAUUCUGACUGACCUGUCUUCGCGGCCGAAUGGCGAAACUCGCAUCAGCAGGGUAGGGACCUGGGUCCAGCAACCUCGUACGUUGCAGGAUGAACUUCCGGCGGAAGACCUGGGGCCCCAACCAAAGUCGGGUGACAAGACGCCCGUCAAUGUUGAAAAGUAUGGCAAAUCCGAAGGUGGACGGAGGACCUUGACCGGCCACCAGCGCAACUACCUCCAAGCCGUGGGGGCGUUUCGCGUUCUGCCCAAAGCCACUCAGGAUGCCCUUAUCACGACGUACAUUGCAUGUCUUGAUGGGCUUCUGCCAAUCUUGGACGGCGUCAAACUAUUGAAGGACUACACAGAUGGUCGAUGCUCGAUCUUUCUUAUUCAAGCAAUAUGUCUGGUCACUUGUAAGACCCAAGAAGCCGCGCCGUAUCUACGACUCUACGACAAUGGCCCACUACUGGAUCCUAUCCCGUUUGCUCGGAGUCUCCACACAGGACUGGAUGCGGCCAUGAAGGCAGACUUGGAGCCGGACAGGGUCACCAAGAUACAGAUCUUGACACUGAUGCAUUUGCACAACGACGGCCCAGGCGGCAUUGAGGACUCUUCUUUACAUCUAGCUCUUGCCAUCCAUGAUGCAUGGACGGCAGGUCUCCACAUCAUGACCCCCGGGCGCAGCAGCAAAGAUUCGCAUAGUCUGCUGUGGUGGACAAUCUGGACUCUGGACAAGAUCAACGCUUGUUUGGGAGGUCGGCCUAUCAUGAUUGCAAAUCGAGACAUCGACAUUACACGCCCACCGAUGGAGGCCGGCUCACAGCUUCAAGUUAUCAACCUUUGGCUUCGCCUUGGUGAUCUUCUUGACCAGGUUAUUGAGUUCUACAGACCGACAGCGGAUCUCGAAACAACAGGAUGGGAAUCGGAGUUUCCGACAUAUGCCUCCUUGACUCACGAUAUCAAUCUCGACCAACUCCCUGAAAGCGAGAAGAAUAUCCUCGAGCUCUGCUACCACGUUAUUGCCAUUCUCAGCUGUCGCGCCGGUGGGCCAACAACAGCCUCGUACGCGCGCCGGGUUUCGGCCGCCAACCGAAUUCAAGAACUCCUCUCCAACGGCCGCCAUAGCCACAUUCCCCCGAUCCCGCUGGUGCCCUAUGCCGUUGGCCUCUCUUUGACCGUCGCAUACCGCUGUCUGCGUGACAAUGCCGAUGUCGACCCGGAAAAGGCGCGGUCCGACCUAGCGACUCGCUGCGAAACCCUCGAGACCCUUAGUACGUACUGGUGGACAGCCGACGCAAUGGCCCGACUGGGCCGCAAAGCACUCAAGAGUCUCCAGCAGCCCGGUAUGCGGAAACACUCGAUCGCCAACAUUUCGAACGCCAUGGACGCCGAGGUGGCAGUAUGUAAAUUCGGCCCUUUUGAGCCGAAGGCGCAUACCGCUGGCAAUGCCCAAACCACCAACCUGUCCACACCACACUUGGCUGGGCAGGAUGGAGAGGGAAACACCGGCAAUGCACUACAAGUGUUGUCUGAUGCAGCGGCUAGACAUUCAACACAGCCUCCUCAUCAACAUCACCCCCAGAAAUAUGGCCAGGGCCAGGCCGAAGCCUCAUCAACAACAAUAUCAACUUCACCAUCAUUGACAUUCACCCCAUCGACAAUUACGACCUCUGAACCAGCCGCCGCGGCUGCUGCUGCUGCUGCUGCUGCUGCAAACACUCGCGCGAGCAAUAAUCCAAGCCAACAACGCUCAUACUCGGCCACAACACCUGCAAACAUAAACAGCGCCACCAGUAUGGCAUCUCCAACUUCUGUCUCCGGCCAUGGCCACAGCAAUCCUCAUUCUCAGGGUAUUUUUGGCGCUGUUGCGUCGUCUACGUCUCCCGGCGUGUCCCCAUCUACAUUCGACGACCAGACCCAGGCCCAGAAUCAAUCCCAAUCUCAAUCUCAGUAUCAAUACCAAUUCGACGACCUCGACAAUCUCUUCGAAGGCUUCUUCGACCUCAGCAUGCCGACUAUCUUUCAGGACCCCUUGUUCGACGGCGACGCUUUCCUCAGCGCAGAUCUCAAUUUUGCCGCUGGUGACGAAGGCGCUGGCGCUGGCGGUAUGCUGGACACUAUGGAAGUCGAUGAUGGUGGUUCGGGCGUGGCCUACUCGAAUUACGCCAUUGCAGGACAUAAUAAUGUCAGGAGUACUACUGCGGCAGCCGGCAGCAACACCAGCAACAACAACAAUAAUGCCCAUCACCAAGGCAGCUCCACCACGAGCACGACAGCUGGGACGAGUGGUACCGCUACCACUACCACCACCACCACCACGGCCACAAAACCGAGAGGUGCCAGCGGUUCUAUAUUCCCAGACAUCCUUCUCAACUGACAGAUUGACUGACAGACUGACUGUGACGGGCCUCAGUCGGGCGGGGAAAAAAAUUCACCCCCAAAGUUCUUCGGUCUGCUGGUUCAAUAAUGCCCGGGUACUACUAGUAUUCUCUCACUUGGAAGGCGUGGAACCCAGAUCAAUUCGGCUCAUGUUGCGGUCAUGGGAUUCACACGCACUUACCAACAACCAGGUCCACAUACCUAUAGUCUCACGUGCUCGGCAGAUCAAUACGGACCGGUAGAUCGACUAGACAACUCCUCAACGCCAUCAGAGUUCCCUGGGAAAGUUGUGACCAUCACGUAAAGUCGCGACGCGAGAAGGUGAUGUAACGGCACGAUUGCACGGAGGCAUGAGACAUGAAGGCAUGAAAUGCAUACCUAUAUAUAUGUACAUACCUAAAUCAAAACGACAAACUACCCUCGUGGGGGACAGAAUAGGAUACCUUAACCCUGACUCGAGGUUGGGUCCGGAUCAUGAAUGAUACAGGAUAAUACAGGAUCCCUAGGCAAUCAACGGUUAUAAUGCAAGAUACAGUAUCUAUCCACAUAAGGUAGGUAACUCCAGAUAUACAAUGGCACAAUGGGGAAAGUGGACAGGAUAGUGUUCGGUGUUCGGAUAACGUCAAGAAACAUAAAUUCACAUUCUAGCCACCCACGAGGACACUUUCCAUACCCAUCUACUCGGG